AGCUUAUACAGGUAGGCCUAUGCCUGCAUAAUUUCAUUUUUGUAUGUAGCCUACACUGUUGAUUUUAACUUAAACGCAUCACAAUAAAACGCGCGUAUAUAAUAAUAAUAUUAAAUUAGCAUAUUGCCAUUAAAUCGCUUUUUGGACAACUCCGUGUAGGCUAUCUCAAAUUAAAGCGCGUGUUUGUGCGCUUUAAAGGAGAUUUUCCUGCACAUUAUUCGCGGUUUGUAUUUAAACUCCUCUUAAAUUUCACCGGCUCGAUUAAAUAUUCAUUCUGGAAAAUUCCUCUAUUCGGCAUAAACGAACGAGCCACCAGCAGCCCAAACAAACAAACCAACCUCGCUCGGUGCAUUAGCCUAAAACAUGCAACAGAAGAAGAAUUUAGAUAUUAAAAAUAAUAAUUGCACUAUAUUUCCACAGGGUCAGACACGGAGUUCAUACAGCAUGGCCGUGUAUAUUCCAGGAGGGCCGCGCAGAGGUGGCGGUGGCGGGUCGGACACCACCAGGACUCCGCCGCAGAUUCUGGCUGGCUCGGGUUACUGCAAGUGGUUUAAUGUCCGCAUGGGCUUUGGAUUUAUAUCGAUGACCAGCAGCGAGGGGAAGCCAGUGGACCCUCCACUGGACGUGUUCGUUCACCAAAGUAAGCUGGUGAUGGAGGGCUUCAGGAGCCUACGGGAGGGCGAGCAGGUUGAGUUCACCUUCAAGAGGUCGAGUAAAGGUCUGGAGUCGCUCAGGGUCACGGGGCCCGGCGGGGGCCCAUGCUCGGGCAGUGACCGACGCCCCAAAGGCAAGGCCCCGCCCCUCAAGCGCAAACCAAAGGGAGACCGGUGUUAUAACUGUGGAGGUCUGGACCACCACGCUAAAGAGUGUGGCCUUCCACCCCAGCCAAAGAAGUGUCACUACUGUCAGAGUGUCACACACAUGGUGGCCCAGUGUCCCCACAAGAGGGCGCUGUCCCCCUCCACGUCUCAGGACCUCCAGCGGCCCUCCACCUCAGCUCAGUCCCAGGAAGAGGAGAGCCGGUCGGGCUCGUCGUCCUCCCCGGAGGAAGCGUCUCAGCGGGGCAGUCACUCCCAGCGCUGGAGGAAAAGCUGGGACUGAAAUGAUCUACCUCACACCAGACCCUCCCUUCCCGUGCAGCUAUGGUAUCAGCCGAUGGGUGUGUGUGUACAUGCCUGUGUUCUCACUGAGCAAUCACAACAAACUCUGCACGAGUGUGUUUCGACUGAAUAUUACAAGGCAACAAAGAUUAGCUAUUUUACCUCCAUAAUGUGCGAGAAACCGAAAUACACUUUUUUUUAUUGAUCUGCUGUUUAGACUGGCUUUCUUAAAGCAUGUUCCUCUUCUUAACGAGAACAUUUUAUUUUUACGAUAACAUAACUUUCCUCUGAAACUUUUGAAUGCUAGUGUGUAUGAUAUGAUAAUAAUCAGAAAUGUUUCUUGAGCAUUAGAGUGAUUUCUGAAGGAU